AUGGAUCAGGGGAUGGAGCUGAGGGGAUGCGUUUGUCGGAUCAAGAGCUCGGCACUUGAGCUUCUGUCCAUGGAGGAGGAUCUGACGACUGAUCUGGAUGAUGACCUGUGGGAUUUGGUCAGGAGGGAUCUCCAGCUAAAGGCCACCUUCCUGUACAUUGACCUGAAUCGUGUGAUUGCCUGCAACCAGUGCGAGGAGCGCAGGGAGGAGAUCACCCUUCUCGCCAGUGAUUUCUUCUACUUCAUGAAUGAGCUGGGUGAUGCUGUGGCGAACCGGAGCGUCUCCGUCGUGAAGCUGUGCUACGGCGACGCGGCUCAGGCGCUCCGUGAGGUAGUCGCCGCCGGCAGCAGCGUGAUGUCCUCUCAACAUCCCAUCGCCUGUCGUCAGUGCUUCUGA